GCUCAAAAAUCAAAAAUCGUGCCUUUUAAGGAAACUGUAGCCUGCAGAAAUACAUAUGUAUUUAUCCAGAAACAGAUCCUUUUUCUAGAUCAUAUGUUUCCAAAAUUUCUUCUUACUAUCAUUUUUCUCCAGAUCAUCUCUUUUGGCUCUUUUUCCAGAAAUCCAUCAAUCAUUCUUGCUAAAUUAUUUUUCUAACUACCGGGAAUAUUCUUAAUAUUUUUUCUUCUAUCGUGUUGUUCUAUAUAAAGCAAUAACAUCAAUUCUCAUUAUUACACUAUCGUACUACAAAGAUCUUCUCUUUGUCCUUCGUUCUGGGUUUAUGGUUUUUAUCACAAUGAGCUUGUUAGUUAAAGCUCUUGUCUUUGUGACAUUUUUUGUAGUAACAGCAGAAUCAGCUCCUGAAUCUGCUCUUAUCACCAAAAUCCCUGGCUUUGAUGGCACUUUUCCUUCAAAACACUACUCCGGGUACGUGACGAUUGAUAAGGAGCAUGGGAAGAAUCUGUGGUAUUACUUUAUUGAAUCAGAGAAGAAUCCUUCCAAAGAUCCGGUCGUACUCUGGCUUAAUGGUGGUCCAGGUUGCUCAAGCAUGGAUGGAUUUGUCUACGAGCACGGUCCUUUCAAUUUUGAGCCAAAAAAGGCAAACACUAGCCUCCCAUUAUUGCAACUCAAUCCUUAUAGUUGGUCCAAGGUGUCUAACAUCAUAUACCUUGAUUCUCCUGUUGGUGUGGGAUUCUCUUAUUCAAAGAACGAAUCUGAUUACCAAACCGGUGAUAUUAAAACCGCGAUUGACUCUCACGCGUUCCUUCUCAAGUGGUUCCACAUGUUUCCGGAGUUUCAAUCAAACCCGUUUUACAUCUCUGGAGAAUCUUACGCCGGAGUUUAUGUCCCUACUCUUGCUUCAGAAGUUGUCAAAGGGAACAAAGAUGGGUUAAAACCAGCUCUUAACUUCAAGGGAUAUUUGGUUGGAAAUGGAGUUGCGGAUUCAGUGUUUGAUGGAAACGCUCUUGUCCCAUUUGCACACGGGAUGGGACUAAUAUCUGAUCAGCUCUUUGAGGACGUUACCGAAGCUUGCAAUGGAAAUUUUUAUGAAAUAGAUGGACUUGAUUGCGAGGAACAGAUGACGAAAGUUCAAAUGGAUGUUAACAAGUUGAACAUAUACAACAUUCUUGAGCCAUGUUACCACGGAACAUCGCUAUCCGCUUUUGACAUUAGAUCUCUGCCUUCAAGUCUUCUUCAGCUAGGCAAAACCGAAAAACCAUUAGCCGUAAGAAAAAGAAUGUUUGGUCGAGCGUGGCCAGUUCGUGCGCCUGUUCGUCCAGGCAUUGUUCCUAGCUGGUCUCAGCUCCUUGCUGAUGUCUCUGUUCCUUGCAUCGAUGAUAGAGUUGCAACAGCUUGGUUGAACGAUCCAGCGAUAAGGAAUGCUAUUCAUGCUAAAGAGGAGAACGAGAUUGGAAGAUGGGUACUCUGCUCAGGAAAACUCUCAUUCGAUCACGAUGCAGGGAGCAUGAUCAAAUUCCAUAAAAACCUCACUCUAAGUGGAUACAGAGCUCUCAUUUACAGUGGGGAUCACGAUAUGUGUGUUCCUUUUACUGGCUCUCAAGCUUGGACACGUUCUCUUGGAUACAAGGUGAUUGAUGAAUGGCGGGCAUGGAUAUCAAAUGACCAAGUCGCGGGGUAUACGCAAGGAUAUGCAAACAAUCUCACAUUUCUGACCAUCAAGGGUGCAGGACAUACGGUUCCUGAGUAUAAACCGCGGGAGGCAUUGGAUUUCUAUAGCCGAUUUCUAGAAGGGAGCAAGAUUUAAGAGAGCUCUCUAUUUAAAAAAAAAAAAACUGUUAGAUCAUCUUGUUAUGUAUUGACUCCUUUGAAUAAGAAACAUGUGUGUUUUCAGCAAGUGAAUGAUUUAUUCUUCGUGGUUCAUCCUUAACCAUCA